GUUGGUGUAAACGAUGGCGAAGCCCUAAGGAGAAAGGUUGUGCUUUACGAUUGCCAUCCUCGCUUGCGGUGAAGAUGCCGGAGGAGCGGAGACGAAGGGAAGGCGGGGAGGGAGGAGGAUCGUUGUCUCGUCGAGAGGGCCGUGAUUGCGAUGGCAGACGCCUGUCCUCCCGAUCGGAAAGGGAAAAAGAAAGGGAACCCAGCCCAAAAAGAUUCAGGAGACAUGGAAAACCAGCAUCAGCAAGAACAUACUCCCGUAACCAUGAUUUGGACAUUGAUGACAAUAGGGAACGGAAGCAUCUUGGGCGGUUUCAAGAUACUUUGCCAUAUGAGAAUUCUUUAGCAGCAGAUUCUAAGCACGAUGAAUGUGGCAGUGCUGGGCAUGGUGGUCAAAGCUAUGUUCACAUAGCUGCUGACGAUGGACGGAGUAAUUUAAAAGAGCAUAAUGGCAGCAUGGUGGACAAGAUAGAGGCAUCUGAUUUGCAGAGGAAACAUGACAGGAGUAAAGCAUGUGAAGAUGACGACGAGUGGAGACAUGAUGGGUAUUUUGAAUUGGAGGCUGAGGAAUCAGCUCCCAGGAAAAGGCCUGCAUUCAGUGAAAAGAAAAUGCCAGCAGAAGAUGUCCCUCCCACUAGAUCAGAAUUCAGAAACCGCCAUGAUCGACAAACUUUUGGUGUUUCAGGACGGAUGGAAAAGGAAAACUACUUUUCACAUGGAGAUGAGCUUGAGAGAUUUUUCCAUCAGGCCGGAGAUAAACAUGAUAGCUGGGGAGACAGAUAUCACCAAAGAAACGAAACGUACAGAGCUGGUUAUCAGUCGAGAGAGAGGCAUGGUAGCAGGGACACACGGGGCAGGGAAACUUUUGCUGGAAGAUAUGGCGAGAAAAACACCUAUCGACAGAGUGGUUUGCAAGUAGAAAGAUGGAGGCAUGAUCUUUUUGAUGAGGCAAAUAGAAGCCCAACCCCAAAGAAUGAAGAAGAGCAGAUAGCUAAGGUUGAAGCACUGUUGGCUCUGUAGCCAUUGCAUCCGUCAAGACAUCUUGAACGGUUCCAUCUGAUAUUUCUCAAGAGAUAGUGGUGUUUCUUUAGCGUACUCAAAGCAAAAUCACUCAAAAGAGUUUGAUAAUUCUGUAUCUUAUGCUAUUCUGUUGUCUAAAGAUAGCGUGUUUUUUCCUCCUUGUUUUGUUUCUCUUUUGUGCGAACUAUGUUUGAGGUCAUAGUUUUUCCUCCAGUAAAUCCGUGUUUUUCUUGA